AUGACUCUUGAGGAGAUCCGCGGACAGGAAAGCACGAUGGAACACAACGAGAGGGUGCAAAGUGCUGGCACGGCACUGGAGGAGUUGCUGCUCGCCGCUAAGAAGCAAGACUACUUGACAGUCGGCGUGUACGAGUCGGCCAAAGUUAUGAAUGUCGACCCGGACAGCGUCGCCUUCUGUGUGCUCGCCACCGACCAGGAGCACGCGUGCGACAUCGCCUUGCAAAUCCACUUCACGCUCAUCCAGGCUUUUUGCUUCGACAACGACAUCAACGUGGUGCGCGUCACCGACAUCGAGCGCCUCGCCGAUCUGGUGGGCGCCGACGAGGGCGGCGAGCCAAAGGACGCCCACUGCAUCCUCGUCACGAGCCCCAGUGCCAAUCCUUGGAAGGACCCAGCUCUGGAUAAACUGAGUCUGUUCUGCGAGCAGAGCCGCAGCAUGUGUGACUGGGUUCCCACAAUCACCUUCCCUGAACGCUGA